CACCGUAGGGGCAGCGCUACGGCGUAUAGAGAGUGUAUGUUCCCUCUACGCGAGGGGAGGGGGAGCGGCCGCGGGAGCCACUGUAGAUAGUCUAAGGGUCCGUAGGGUUAGGCUCCACCAGCUUGAUAAACGGGCCGAGCUGGCCAGACCCGCACGGACGAUUCAUCCCUGCGGACAACGAUGGCGGCUUUGCUGCAGCGUCGCGCACACCACCAGCUCGACGGAAUGCCCCACUAGACCAGGUCCAGGACGCCUGCUCAAUGUCCAUCCUAGCGUCCGGUCGCGCCCGCCUCCUCCGUGGACUCUCCAGCCACUGCACGCAGCGGCCUCAACAGCAAGGAUACUAUGUCGCGUGCGUCCGGCGGUACAGGUCGCGACACAUGUCACUCGAUGGAGUUGAGGACGCGGCGGAGCAAGCCGUCGAACCGCCGCCGGUGUCUCUGGCGAAGAGCCUGGCUUCUCUCGCCGAGGAGGCCGCGGCCGUCCAGAGGCAGAGGAAGCCCCUCACACGGAUGGAGCGGAAGCGGUUAGCCGAGCUCCACAUCAAGAAGAGGGUCAAGGAGCAGUACCUCAACGGCAAGUUCUACCGCCUCAUGGAUAAGGUCGUGGCGAAUGCUGAGACGCUGGAGGAUGCAUACGACAUCGUGCGUCUGAAUUCAAACGUUGAUCUAGCGUCUUCAAAGGAUGAUGUAUGCUUUGCCACGCUGGCAGAGGAGCUGAGGAACGGGGCGUUUGAUGUCCGAGCUAAUGCUUUCUCAGUGGUCGCGAAGAGAAAACGGGGACACCUUGUUCUUCCUAGGCUGAACUUGAAAGUGGUUCAGGAAGCGAUAAGAGUGGUGCUUGAGGUUGUCUACAGGCCUCAAUUCUCAAAGAUAUCACAUGGUUGUCGCAGUGGGCGAGGAUAUCACUCAGUUUUCAGAUUUAUAUCUGAUGAAAUCGGGAUUCCAGAUUGGUUCUUUACUGUCCCGUUGCACAAGGCGGUUGAUAGCAAUGUGACCUCUAAGCUUAUGUCGCUAAUACAGGAGAAGAUCGAUGACGCCCAGUUAGUUGCAUUCAUGCAAAAUAUGUUUGAUGCCAAGGUGAUCAAUUUGGUAUUUGGUGGGUACCCCAAGGGUCAUGGGCUGCCUCAAGAAGGAGUACUUGCACCAAUCCUGAUGAACAUAUAUCUUGACAGUUUUGACCACGAGAUAUUCAGGAUUUGCUUGAAACAUGAAGGCCUUGGUUCAGAGGCAACAGAUGUUUCAGAAGACCGUGGGUCAAAUUUGCGUCGCUGGUUUCGGAGCCAACUGAAGGGCAAGGAUGAAAGUAGUGAAAAUCAAACAGAUUGUCUGAUAAAGAUAAAGCUAUAUGCUUGUAGAUAUAUGGAUGAGAUUUUUGUUGCAGUUUCUGGAUCCAGAGAUGUCGCGGAAGAUAUGAAAUCUGAAAUGGUUGCUUACUUAAACAAAUCACUUUACUUGGAAGUUGAUGAUAAAAUUCAUCUUGUGCCGAUCAGAAGGAACCCACGAGGCUUACAGUUUGCUGGUUUUGUGGUCAGAGUAGAAACGAAGGAAAAUGCUAAACUGAAAGCUGUGCAUAAGCUGAAGCAGAAGAUUGGUUUGUUUGCUUCUCAGAAGCAAGAGAUUUGGGACGCUAUGAAUCUUAGAGUAGGAAAGAAGUGGUUGGCAUAUGGAUUGAGAAGAAUAAAAGAGAGUGAGAUCAAGUCGCUUGGCCUUAGCACCCCUUUGUUGGAUCACAUUGCACAAUUUAGGAAAGAGGGAAUGAAGACAGAUCACUGGUUCAAAACAUUGCUAAAGGUAUGGAUGCAGGAUGUCAAUGCCAAAAAUGAGCUAAAUGAGGAUGUUCUCUUAUCAAAAUACAUUGCUGAGCCAGCACUUGCACAAGACCUUAGGGAUGCAUUCUACAACUUUCAGAAGCAAGCUAAGGAUUACAUUUCAUCAGAGACUGCUGCAACGGAAGCAUUGUUGUCCGAUUUGAAGAGUACCUGCACUGAUGGCAGUGUCAUAAAAAUUCAUGCACCUCUUAACUAUAUUCAGAAGUGCCUUCAUCGCUAUGGUAUAAUUAAUCUAGAAGGUUUCCCUAGGCAUGUAUCGGCCCUUGUCUUGCAAGAUGAUGAGUUAAUAGUAAGUUGGUUUGCAGGAAUAAUUCAUCGUUGGAUAAGAUGGUUUUCUGAAGUUGACAAUUUCAAGGAACUUCAGCUUAUGUUUGUGGAAUGUGUCAGAAAAUCCUGCAUCAGGACACUAUCUGCGAAGUAUAGGAUGUAUGAAAGGCUCACAGAAAAGCGGUUUGAACUUGAUGAUCAUGGCAUUCCAAUGGUUGAGGAUUUUGAGGCAAUAAUUAAACCUUUAGAAUCUAGUUAUUCUGUGGCUUCUACUGAUGAAGCUUUGGUGUAUGGCAUUUCUGCUAGCGGUGUAGUUGUGCUAACACUGUCAAGAGUUAGAGUCCCUACUCGACAAUUUAACUGCUUUGUUAUGGGCUGCCAAUCUGCGUCACCAAGUAUGUAUGUGCUUCAUGUGAAGGAGAAACAGCGUUUCCCUGGAUGGAGGACAGGUUUCUCGUCAUCAAUCGAUGGGAUUUUGGAUGGUAAACGAAUUGGACUGUGCACCAAGCAUGUUAAAGAUAUAUAUCUGGGACACAUCUCCCUUCAAUCAGUCGAUUUUGGUUCCCUGAUUAGAUGACUCAAUGAUAUGUUACCUGUGAUUUUCUAAUAAUUGAAGGCCUUGAAAAUGAGUACUGACUCACAUGAUAGUAGGUUCAGUAAUUGUAAAUCUAAACAUGGUUACACAUAGUUUGAUUUUGUAGACAGCUUGAUUGAUAUGCUUGUGGACUGUUUCAAAUAGAAAUUACUCUACAACUUGAAGCUGCUCCUUUUCGGUGAA